AUGGCUCCCUCGCCUACGAUCCGGCGCCUUCUCAAGGAGACUGCCGAGCUCUCCUCGCCCUCUUCGAACCCCAACCCCGCCUUCUUUGCAGGCCCUGUCUCCGACUCCGACCUGCAUGAGUGGCACUUCACUCUACUCGGUCCUCCCUCCCCCUCCCCAUACGCUGGAGGCAUGUACCACGGGCGCAUCACGCUGCCGGCCACAUACCCACUGAAGCCGCCGAACUUUAGGUUUCUCACGCCGUCAGGGAGGUUUGAGGUCAACCGCGAGAUCUGUCUGAGCAUAUCCGGGUUCCACGAAGAGACGUGGAUGCCCGCCUGGGGUGUCCGGACCGCGUUGACGGCGCUCCGGACGUUCAUGGCCGAGAAGGGUUCAGCUGGCCAAGUUGGAGGCUUGGAAGCACCUGCGGACGUGAGGAGGAGACUGGCAAAGGAGAGUCGGAGCUGGAAAUGCGAGGCUUGUCGCAAAACGAAUGAGACCAUUAUGCGCGAGUGGUGGGAUAUCUGUCGGGAGGCCGGUGUCAACGUCUCGGCAGAGGGGGAUCUGGGAUUAGAGAGCCUGCCGGAGGGCAUGACGCUGGAGGCGAGAGACCCGAAUGCAAAACCUGGCGUCCCUUCGCAAACAACAGGAGCUGCUGAACAGGAAGAUGCAAAGGUGACAACAACGGUGCCACAAGAGCGGUUGCUACAGCCUUCUACAAAUCCAGAUCCCGAUACCCCUGCGCAACCCGCAUCGGUACCAGUGCCACCAUCCUCCAAGCCUCAACUUCCGCCGUCGUCCUCAUCACAUUCAUCACGAUCCAACUCAUCCAACCUCACCCGACCCGCGAGCCAGCGAUGCAUCCCCAUGGUCCCUACGCCCUCCGCGGAAGCAGCUCAGGCCUCUGCUGAGGCAGUCCUCACGCCGGGCGACUUUGCUCAAUCUGCUUCGUCCAACACAGGUUCUUCUACUAACACUCAUCAUCGGCGACCGUUUUUCGCGGGGCUGCACAAUGCCCCGUUAGCCGCGGCCAAUGCGGCGAUUGCACAGAGCGCGCAGCCCCUGACUCUCCAGCGGGGCCAGGGAAGGGAUAGGGAACAUACCAUCACCAUCGACCGGGCGAUCGCGGGCGUGUUCCUCGCGCUUUGUCUAAUGGUGCUGAAGAAGAUCUUCUACCCCGCCGGAACGCCCGGUACCCGGUAUAAUGGCGUGGAUGACUUUUACUUGCAGCGAGAAUAG